UCCCCCAUUGCGAUGGACCAGUCGAUAGGGGACUCAGGAAACGAGAACAAACCUACCGCAACUAGUAUAGACGCGCAAUCGGGAGCUGACGAGACUAUGGCCUCUCCUAGCCGCCCUACCGGCUCUCAGUCUGGUGGUGUUUCGUCUGAAAAAGCUACUCCAAACCCGAACCCAUCGGACAAUCCAUUAGAUGCCCCGCCUUCACCAAAAGGACAGAAUGAUGAUAUGGAAGAUGAAGAAAUGGGUGGCACACAUGAUUCUAAGGGUGAUAACGAGACCGGAGAUGAUGCAGAUACCUCCACCCUGCAGAAUCAGACUGAUGGCGCGGCAGAAGGCCCAUCUGACCAGAGCAAGGCUGCUACAGAGGCCACGGCGCGCUCAAACCUGAUUGCGCAAACCCAUGCAAUUAUUCUACCUAGCUAUACCAGCUGGUUUGAUAUGAACACCAUCCACCCCGUUGAGAAGAAAGCCCUUCCAGAAUUCUUCAAUAGCCGGAACCGCAGUAAAACUCCAGCAGUUUACAAAGAUUAUCGUGACUUCAUGAUCAACACUUAUCGCGUGAACCCGGUAGAAUACCUUACAGUUACAGCUUGCAGGAGGAAUCUUGCGGGAGAUGUUUGCGCAAUCAUGCGAACUCAUGCCUUUCUAGAGCACUGGGGCUUGAUUAACUACCAGGUCGACCCCCAAUCGCGUCCUUCCAAUAUUGGUCCUCCAUUUACUGGUCACUUUAGAAUUACUGCAGAUACCCCUCGAGGAUUACAACCAUUCCAGCCUGGUCCCAAUACCAUGGUUACGCCUGGUAAACCUCACCCAUCUACGGACAGAGCGGCCGCGGCAACCCCAUUGUCAAAAUCAGAUCUCAACCUUGAAAUUCGACGCAAUAUUUAUGACGAAAAGGGAAAGGAGAUUACCCCUUCUGAGAACAAGGACAAGGAGACGAAUGGCGAAGAUGCAACUACCAACGGAACCCCCGCGGAGUCUAGUACAAAGGCUAUGGAAGCAUCCGCAAAAGAGGGUAAAAAGUCGUUGAACUGCUAUGCUUGUGGUAUUGAUUGCACACGAAUCCGCUUCCACUAUUCGAAAUCGGCACCUGUUUCAACCACCGCGAACCCCUCAGAGCUCAAAUAUGAUUUGUGCCCAAACUGCUAUCUCCAAGGGAGAAUGCCCUCCUCUCACCAGGCUUCCGAUUUUGUCAAGCUAGAAGACACACACUAUACCACCAUACAAGAUCGUGAGAAACCGUGGUCAAACUCGGAACUUCUCCUGCUCCUCGAGGCUCUCGAGAAUUUCGAUGACAACUGGCAGCAGAUUUCACGACAUGUCGGUUCGCGAACGCCUGAAGAAUGUGUGAUGAAAUUCCUUCAGCUAGAGAUUGAGGAUAAAUAUCUAGAAGAUCCUGUCGAGGUUACUUCUAUGUUGGGCUCUGCAGGUGGAAGGGAACCAGUAGGCCAACUAGAGAAUCCUGUCUUGUCAGUUGUUAGUUACUUGGCACAAAUGGCUGAGCCCACCAUCACUGCCGCAGCUGCUGGCCGAUCUGUCGAAGAAAUGCGCCGUGAACUACAAAAGCAGCUUGACAAGCGAACAGCUACCGCGGCCAAGGAGAAAGACAGCGAUAAGUCUGCAGACAAAGGAAAAGAAGCAGAGUCCUUAAAGGCCGAAGACUCCAUGGAAAUAGAUACCACGAACGAGGGCGAGGAGGUAGCUGCUGUCUCAUCUUCAAACCAGGAGAAGACUUCUCAGGCCUCCCUUGCAUCCAUCGCCCUUGCAACAUCUGCCGCCCGCGCCGGAGCCCUCGCAUCGCAUGAGGAGCGAGAGAUGACACGCCUCGUCGGCGCCGCUGUCAACAUCACGCUACAGAAACUCGAAUUGAAACUAGCACAAUUCUCGGAGCUAGAAGCUAUCGUUGAAGCUGAGCGCCGAGACCUUGAACAAGCUAGACAACAGCUAUUCCUCGACCGUCUCGGUCUCAAGAGGAGAAUUAAGGAAGUUGAAGAAGCUUUCAAGGCCGCCAGCCUAGAAGGAAAUGAAGCUGGCGCCGCAGUGGCUGCUCAGGCGCACACAAUUGGGCUAGACGAGAACUAUUCUUUCCAGCAGACCAGUGUAGACCACAGCGUCAACGCUGUUCAGCCAUACAGUGCCAGUGGCGGCGCAGAGUACAAGUCAUAUGAGGUAUGA